AUGGCGCUGACCAUCUCUCCGGCGUCGCCGGUGGCGACCACCACCGCUGAUGAAUUGCUCGGACACAAGGAGCAGCUGCAAGCUGCCUUUGCCCGCACCAGUGCCAAGGCCUUCCCCACGGCGGCUCGCGAUGCCGUGGUGACGCUCGCUGAUACCACGCGCCUGGGCGACGCCUGUGCGACUCUGGCGGCAAACCACGUCUCGGCCAUACCUGUCCAUCGCCAUGACCAGCCUCACAAUUUUGUGGGCGUAUUUGAUCUCUUGACCCUUCUCAACGAAGAGCCCGAAGACCUCUACGUUGACCUUCACUCCUUCACCUUGGGUGAUCUCAACGGCGACUCAUACAGCCUCCUCAGCGAUCUCGUCACUGUGGAGGAGGACGCCCACCUCAUGUCCGUCCUUGCUCUCCAUGGCGACAUUGCCAUCUCCACCGUCUUUGUUCGCGCCGCUGAUGGCCAUCUCGUCAAUGGCAUCACACGCUCGGACAUUGUCAACGCCCUACUGUACGCCGUGGGCCCCAUUCGCGAGCUUCUCUUCCAACCCAUCAGUGGCCUCGGCCUCAGCCUGCACUUCAAAACCGACACCGUUGCCGGUACUGCCACGCUCUGGAGCGCGCUCCAAGCCAUGCGCGAAAAGCGUCAAACUGCCGUGGCCGUCGUUGACCCAGACGGCCAGCUCAUGGGCGUCAUCAGUCUUUUGGAUGUCAUGUACGUUUCGUUCGCCUCUGGGGUCAAAGGCGGUCGUGUCAUCAACGACAACAGAAGACUGUUUGGUGGUACCUGGUUGCGUUGGCACACAAUUUUCUGCUGUCUGUGA